AUGGCGAGCUGGGUCGCAUUGAACGUGGAGCCGGACGAUGGCGUUGAAGAUGAGGUUGAUGAUACUAAGGAGCUUCAAAUCGAAGAGGCCCUGAAGCUAUACCAAAAUGCCCUCAAACUCCAUUCACAAGGGCCAGAGUUCUACGCCCAAGCCGCGGAAGCCUACGAAUCCUUGCUUAAAUCGGAGAUCUUUAAAUACCCCGAAUCGAUUUCGGAUUUCAAGAGAGCAGCGGAUUUGGAUACGCAAGCAGCAGCAGCCAUUGACGAAGGCCCUGAUACGAUCGCAGAGUUCAAUGUCAAUGAUUCCACUUCGAGUCUCUUUCAGACCCUCUACCUGUCCUACAAGAACUACGGGAAAUACGUACUCGACUCGCUACAUGACACCCUUCGAACCGCCCCACAAGACUCCGAAGCGGCGGGAAAUACGGCAAUUAAGACAACGAAGGCAUCCAGGGAAGCUUUGGGGUCCUUUGCAGAUGCCCUAGAGCGAGACGACACGGAUCUCAAUCUGUGGAGACAAAGCGCUAGGCUCAGCAGUGCCCUGGAGAGCUAUCGCUUGAAUCGGUUUUGCUUGGAGAGUGUACUUGCAGACGAUGAUAACCGCCUCGAGAUACGGUCGGAGCAGCUUGGAUUAGAGGAAAUAUUCUCGGAGGAACGCCUGCGUGCCACUCUGACAUCCCUCUUUGAUGGCUUGUCGGCCUCCCAAGUUCCCAUAAAGAAGCCGAAGAAAGCUCUCAUCAAGUACCUCAAACAGCAUGAAGAUCCCUAUCCCUAUCUGCCAAACCUUCCGGUUGAUCUGGACAAACUGAGUUCAUCCAAGGGUCCUCUCGCCCUGUACACCUCUCGACGAGAGCUCAAACCAUCUAAUGCAACUUGGGAAUCAGUAGGUAAAGCUAUCCUCCAGGCUUUGGAGGAUGAAGAGGAAGCCCCGGCAGGUGCUGCUCCUAGUUGGUCCCUUCAGGUCACUCUGCCGCCCAGGGAAACUGGGGUGGCCGACUCUGCAUCCGUGAAAAUGGAGGACCCCGAAAACCAGGCUGAGGAUCAGAACGAGCAGACUACGGCAGCCAACGAAGAUAUCGAUAUGCUUGAAGGGAAUGAACACACUGCCGAACCUGACCAACCCACGGAGGACACUCAAGAGCAGCCAGAGCUCCCGGAUGAACAGUGUUCAAUUGACCAAAGUGCAGAAAAACAGCUUAUGGAGUCUCUGGAAGGUCAAUCCACUCACCAGACUGAGCAUCAGGGCGAAGGCGAUAUGAACACAGAGGACGCAGAACCCAAAUCACCAACCGGUGCACGAAAAAGAUCAUCAGCAUCGGCAGCAAACGAAGAACCAUCGGAAGGGGGAAGAAUGAAGAGCCGACGCACGAGGGCUCGUGAAUCGAAUGCAGAUGGUUUAGUACAAUUAGACGAGGUUCCAUUUGACCAAGACAAAUUCUAUGCAGACCGCCUUGAAGUCUUCGUCAAUGCUGAUGAGUGGAUGUUCAAUACUGUUGGAUCUCUGUUCUCUAAAGCAGGCAUUACGGCUCUUGGCACGAUUGAAGACCUGAAGGAAAAGCUAGUCAGUAUCAAUGAGACUGACGACGCACCGGAAGACCCUGAGACCAGGCUAUUCCAAGAUUUGCGUGGCAUAGUCAAGCAGUGGAAUGACGAGAAGUCCCGUUUGAUGCAGCAGAAAGACGACUCUUCGUCAUUGAAGAACAUUUCUGGCUCUAGCAAGUCUGGACUGGCUGUUUUUCUCGAGCAUUCCAGAAAAUCAUCUCGAAAGUCACUAGUCCAAGAAGAGCUGCCCUCCGGAGAGGAGCUAUAUAACUUUUCGAACACCAUCAAUAGUCGUUGUCUGCAUCCACAUGACACCUCGUUUGAAUGGCUGAAGUGCCUACUCAUGCCACACUUCGGUGUUGUUAACUCAGAUUUUGCACCUAUGAAGUCUGCAUACACUUCGUUCUUGUGGCCAGAGGAGCUGAAAGCCACAGUUGUGGACAUCUUGCUCCGUGAAGACGAAUAUAUCUUCACCAGGCUCUCUGAAGCUGUCGCCAAUACCGAAAAACGCAUCCUUGAAUCUCAUACUGAAUCCCCAUUCGACUAUGAGCCCAAGCACUUUUCUGAACUGGAGAUGAUCCAGUCUAUCUAUGAGCUUCAUUUGGACAUAUUUGCCUCUAUUGAAAGUCUCAGCACGAAGCCUAGCCAACAACAGAAGUUGUCACAGCGUGAUCGAUUAGCUAGGUGGGCCAUGCUAGCCCGAACAUCCUUAGAGUACUCUGUUGACUACUGCCCAUCGGAAGAGUGUCGCCAGAAUAUUGCAUUUCGUCACCUGUGGACGUCGACUUUCCACCUUAACCUCGCAGGCGAGGCCGAUCGCGAGCAUGUCUUGUUAUGUCUACAAGAUCUCAAGCAGAUUCUCCACUCAAUGGGUGACCCUAUUGUCAGUCUUGUGAACAAUUCGAUCAUGGUGGAACUCUCGAUUGCCACCAUAGAUCAGGAAACUCUCAAACUCAAGUGCAUGGAUUUCUUCGCCAAGGUAUUUAAUGCAGAGGGUGAGGAUCCCGUGUCCCUUAUCGAGGCCAUCGAACCAAUCCUUGAGCCCUCAUCAGUCGAGUACUUGGAAGAUUCUGGAAAUGAAGUGGCCAAGGCUCCAUCACAUUUGAGUGAAAUGGCAUCUUUCCUUGACCGAGGAGAUGCUACAUUACGACUUUUCCUCUGGCGGAGACUUCAGGAGACAUACCAGGCUAUUGACUACCCCCCAAAGGUAAUCUCGUGCUAUCUGCGUAGUAUUGAAACUGUCAUGGCCGAGAUUGAGGAUGUCAAGCACUUGCAGGAAUCAAGCGGACACCGCCAAGCGACUUUGCUGCGCUGGCUCAAAUCACUCGACGGAAUUAUGAGCAAGGCCACCCCGCUGAUAUUGCAGCAGUCUGACAAGGCUUUUGAAUGUAUAGAUAUGGACCACUUGCAAUCUUCUAUGUCCGCCGUGGCUCGAUUGGCUCGACUUCUUCACAGCUUCGUUCUGUACGAAGACUCGGUUCGCGUGGGUCAAAUUUCCGGGCGUGAUCUUCGCGGAGGUCUGGCAAAAACCCUAGAGAGCUUCAAGGAAAGGAUGAGGGAGACUUACGUGCGCUGCUGGAUAUUGCAGUACACUCUUUUCUUGGAAGCAAUUUCCCAGAAUAGAGAUGCUUUCACCGAACCUUUGGAAGAUCGCAUCCAUAUCCUCCGCUCUGUGCAUAAUGCCCUAGGAGUUCGGUCGAUGUGUAGAUACUCGCAGAAACGAUUUCUAAAGCUGAUCAAGUCUGAGUUGUUUGAUCUUGAAACUAAGGGCGAUUACGAAUUCGACAUCUGCCAGGUGCUUUAUGAUCUCCACGGCAUCAAGUUCUCGCCUUUUGACGGGACUGCUGAUCAUGGGUGCUCUCCUGAGAAAUUAGAUCGUCAUACUGCAACCAUGAUGAUUGACUUCGUGAUGAGACAAGCACAGAAAAUGAAUAUGAAGGACCUGUCAAAGUCUGAACUUAAGACUACGAUUGAAAAGAUGCAGCAGGCAAUUGGUCCUGCAAGACUCCCCGCGCAGUCACCGCAAAUGACAUUCAACAGACGUCUCUUCAGCAUAUACAUUAAAGCUCCACUCAACCCGUCGCAUCUUCGUCGGGCGGUUCAGGGUGUGACGGAGCUUUCCAUGCUUCCGGUGCCUGGCGAAAAUGCUAAAAUCGCCGCCAAAGGCUGGUACUUCCUCCUCGGCCAUGCCACCCUCACAAAAUUCCGCGCCCAUAAACGUUUGAGUCCUGGGUCUACGUCAGAGCUGGACGAUGCCAUUAACUUUUUCCGGCAAGAUCUAGAUCAUGGAACAGGUAGAUGGGAGACCUGGUACCGACUGGCACAAGCAUAUGAUGCGAAAUUGGAAGAGGAUAUUACUUGGGCCGCGGAUAAGAUCAACAACAAUCGCAGUGAACUGGCGGCGACACAAAGAUAUGCAAUUCAUUGCUACGCCAUGGCCGUGUCGACGGCGAUUCAAAACGCCGAGCCCACAAACGAUACUCGAGCCUUACUGUCGGACCUAUACACCGACUUUGGAAUACGUCUCUAUUCAUCUUCUCGCGAACCUCUUUCCAUGGGUGCUUUCAGCCUAGCGGACUUUUCUCGGCAUUUCAGUAGUGAAGAAAGCCAGAAAAUGUACAAGGCAAAGCCUUUCAAGGAGAUGUCCCGGUAUUCAGUGUGGAACUUUGCCAGUAAUCUCCUCAGAAGAGCAACUAUUGACAAACCGAAACGUUGGAUGACUCAUUACUUUCUUGGGAAGUGUCUCUGGAAGAUGUACAACUGUGACGAUUCACUGCGGACAACUUCAAGACGCGUUGAAGUGGACGAUGUGCUGGACGCUUUCCGUGAUGCCAUUGCUGCUCUUCCGCAGCGUAGGGAUUCACGAGCUGAUCCCAUAUUCGAACCCCACUUCAAGCUUUUGUCGGUCGUUCACAGACUUGUUCUUCAAGAAAAAUUAACCCUUGCCGAGGGGAUUAAAGCCCUUAGUGCAACUCCUUGGGCCCGCAAGGUCGACUCGCCCGAGAAUAUGGAAGGAUGGAAGACAUACAUCCUUGAGGUUAUCAAGAAGUUCAAGAGCGCCGACAAAUCCAACUGGCAUCAUCGAAUGAGCAGCAAGGCUGCACACGUCAUCUACGAUGAUGACAAGAACACGACAACUGCCGCUGCCGCCAAGCAUGAGAUGUCGCAGAUCUUCACAAAAACAUUGACCAUUCAAGUAUGGCGGCCUGAAUUUGAACGGCCUGGUAGACACUUUGUCUACACCACGCGCUACGUUUAUUUCUUUGCCAGCUUGCUCGAUCAAUUAGAUGACCGUGCCAGCUUGGAUCAAUUGCUACGUCGAGUGAGAAAGAAACAGGGUGAUUUCAUAAACCACACAAAGUUGUGGGAAGAUAUCUGUCUCACCUAUGCAAAGAUGAUUCGGAGGGCUGCUCAAAUUAACGAGGGGCACGAAGAGAGCAUUUUCAAGCCCAUCGGAUGGGAGGAAUUCUCUACGAAGACGGCCCGCCUAGAGAGCUUAGCCGAACUUGCACCAGAAAGCCAGCCGCUUCUGGAGCUUAUUCGAGACGCCUUGGAGUUGAAGAAGCUCAACAACAACUUUAUGAAGGUGACCAUGUUUGAGGAUCUCAUUGCGGAUUUAUACUCCCGCGUGUAUGAGCUUAACACCCCCCUGCUCGUUGAGCAGGCCACUGAGGAAAACAAAGGAAAAAUGAAGGUCGAUCAUCUCCUUAUGGCGGGCGAGACCGCUGCCGAUGGAAGCAUCCCCGCAGCCCCCCUCCCAGCUUCGGACACUCCAGCUCCUCGUGGUCGUACUAAGGGUAUUGCCCGCCGAGACAUUCAAAAGCGGGCGGAUACAAUUGUGACAUUGAAGCUGGCUCCUCGUACGGCAGCCAGCAAGGCCGUUACAGCGGACAAUGAACAAUCAACUCCGGCCCGACGUGGCUCUAAUUCGGCAGCAACGUCCGGCCCAGCCGCUACACCACAGGGAGCAGGCAAGCACGCGUCUAUGGCAGGAGAGGGCAGGAACGAACAGCCUGGCGAUGAGACCGAAGUGAGCGAUAUGGACGAAUCAAAACUCGAAAGUACAUCUUCAUUGCGGAAGUCUAUAUUUUUCCCUAAUCUACAAAAAGGCGAACCAGGUGAUGCUGAGACUGAAGACGACGCUGGCAGUGGUGAAGAAGGUGCGGAAGAAGGGGAUGACGAAGAAGAUGAUGGUGCCAAUGAAAAUGACGGUGAAGGUGAUGCCGGAGCGACUGAAACUGGCGGGGAGGAAAAUCAAGAUAUCGACGAUGAUGGCGAUGAUGGCGAUGAUGGCGAUGACGAGAUCCAGGAGGGGGACGGCGAGGAUACCAUGAUUGAAGAGAGCAAACUCUACGAUGAAGAAGAUCAGAACGAUGAAGGAGACAAUGGUGAUGACGAGACUAUCAAUGCCACUGAUGGCAAAGAGUCUAUUGUUCCUACUCCCAGUGAGGAUACCGAACAGCCUGAAGCCAUGGAUACCACACCCGCUUAA